AUGGUUGAUAUUAUCAAAUUUUUACCUUCUGUACCAACACAUAGUCCUUCAAAUAUUCAUCGAAUACAAAAUAGAUUAACUUCUGAACAAAUCACUUUACCAAUAUUGUUGUCCGCAGUUAAUAAUAAUUAUCAACAUGAUCGUACAAAUACUAUUAAUCAUACGAAACGAUGGAUUGGACGAUGUCCUCGUGAUCCAACUCAUCGUAUUAAUAUAUCUGAUGGAUUACAAAGUAUGCGUCCAAAUGCUAUUGAUCAUGAAAUUGCUCGAUACUAUCCAGGAAUAACUAUUGACAUGUCUGCAUCGAUAAAAAUCAAACAACAACAGCAACAAAGAAAUAGUAGUAAAGAGCCAUUAAAAGUAAUAAUAGGAACCGGAACAACUGUUACAUCGGCUUCAAUUUUAACAAAUGUUGAUGACCAAAGUUCUCGUUUAUUUGAUGCACUAUCAAAACAUGUUACAAUUAAACCAGAACCACUUCGAUCAACAAAUAAUUUUUCAAACAAUACUACUUAUACAUUAUCUUCAUGGAAAAAAUAUUGGGCAUCAACAUUUGCACAAAGACGACGACAAGAAACUAAUGAUUCUAACUAUGCUUUAUAUGGUUCUAAAUGUAAUGAAGCUCUUCUAGCUACAAAGGAUCUUGUUACUAUUCGUAAUCCAUCAUCUUAUGCAAGUAAUGAAAAUAAUAGAAAAAGUAGUGCAUCAUCAAUUCGAUCAAAUAGUUCUUUUGCAACCAAUGCUUCUUCAGCAACAAUAUCUGAUAAACAAACAUCAUUUAUAAAAGAAGAAAGUCCUCUUUCUUUUCCAUAUAUUGUUUCAUCAGAAGAAAAAACUCCGCCAAUGAAUGAAUUAAAAUUAAUCAAAGAAAAACUCUUACCACCUAUAGAAAGUAAUAAUAUGGUUACUAAUGAUAAUAAUGAAAUUGAACAUAAAAUCAAUACAAUAACAACAAAAAUUUAUAGAUUUCCCUUACCUUCAAAUAAACCAAAAAUUAUCAAACCAAUAUCAAAACAAGACUUAUUAAAACCAUUAGAAAAAAAAUCAUCUAUAGGUACAUUUGUAGAAAAAAAAGAAACAACAUCUUUACCGAACACAUCUAUUUCAAAACGAAGACGUCAAAAAACAACCGAUCGAAAAUCAUCUAGUAAAUCCCAUCGAACCACAACAAAAAAACAACAGUUUAUAUCAACAGUAGUGCCAACAACGUUAAAUUCAAAAUACGAACGAACAAAAUGGGAUGAACCAUAUGUGGGUGUUCGAUGUGAUCCACCAACACCACCAUGUUCGCCAUUAUCAGUGGUUUGUUCUCAAAAUAAUGAUCAAAAUGGAAGUAGUACAUUCGUUGAACAAAAUUCUACGAAUGAAGUUUAUCAAUAG